AGGAGCAUAUAACUAGAAAAUUACUAGUAGAUCUAAUUGUGUCUCGUUUAGCUCAAAGAUGUUGCUUUAAUCAGAAAACUUCAAAUUGAAACCAGAAUACAGCAUUUUCAUCCCUAGCUUUCUCAUUGACUAACAAUGAAGCCAAAAGAAGGAGAAACAUAUUUAGUGACCAUCUAUCCCUGCCUGAUGUCAGCUGAAAUGAAGGCCCUAAGCAGCCAAAGUGCAGUUGAAUGUUUUAAGCAAGUACGUUUAAAGUAGACGAUGAAAGCUGUCAACCCUGGUCAGGUUUUAUUUUAUUUUUACCUGGGCCUUGAAGCAUCAAGCUGUCGACAACACCGACAUAAUCACUUUACUUUUUGUUUAGCUAACAGUUGUUGUGCAAACACGGUUAGCACUCACAGUCAUGUUCCAGGCUAUGUUUUCAAGCCACCUAAUGAAUGUAAGUUCAAUAUUCACUCUAUUUUAACUCUGUUUCAACCCCUGAAGGAAAUAUCUAGCUCUUUAGCCACUAAAUGCUACACUGUGACAACCUGCUACUAGCUGGUUAAGCUAACAGUCUGUGUCUACCUCAUGGAUGUUUGGUCUAGUGUGGCGCUAAACAAGGGACUUCUUCAGAACUUUCGGGCAGAAAAGAUCUGCUUACGUCUGGAAGCGAUGGUGUGCGAGUGCUGUAAAGAUGAGCAGUGGUAGCCAAUGUUUUCAAGUAGCAACAUGGAGCCCAGGACACUACAAGCAAGUAUAACUUUGUUAAUACUUGUAACAAGCAGUUAUGGAGGAAACUUAACAUCAGGGCCCACUCUGAAAAUGGACCAGGCUUUGUUAAUAUUUCACAACCAGCUGGCAGAAGAAGUGCAGGUCUUUUACACAUCAGAUCACUGCUUCAAGUGUCUGUACCAGCAUUUGGUCACCGUGAAGCCCAACAACAACAAUGCAUCUGUGGUGAUCAGCACAAAAUUCACUCUGACUAUGCAAGUGGACUCACAGUCCAGGAAUGUGACUCUCUGCAGGUGGAGUCAGACGUAUGGGGAAGGUGGUCAUUACUCUGUUUGGAUCCAGAUGUCCGAGUCUGCCAGCUGCACUGACGCUGUGGAUAAAAUCCCAAACAACGUCUACCUUCCUCUCCUGGUAGCAGCUCUCUUACUGGGCGUAAUCGCUCUCUUAUUCACUGUGGCACCCGACAUCUUCAGGAGGCGUUGCCCCUCAGAAUGUAUUAAGUCCAUUUGCUGCCAAGGCUCACAGUACUCAGUGGAUAAUGGUGAGGCACAGGCUUGUGAGGCAGAGGAGGAAAAUACCACUAAAGCCAAACCAACACGUCUGCUCUCACUGGACACUUUCCGAGGGUUUUCCCUGACAGUGAUGGUGUUUGUGAACUACAGUGGAGGAGGCUACUGGUUCUUCCAACAUGCACCAUGGAAUGGCCUUACUGUGGGAGACAUUGUCAUGCCAUGGUUUGUGUUUAUUAUUGGGACUUCGGUGGUGUUGGCUCUCAGAUCCAUGCAGAGGAAAGGAGUCAGCCGCCUGCAGCUGCUGCGCAAAAUCACCUGGAGAACAGUCGUCCUGCUGAUGCUCGGCUUCUGCUUCCUCAACUACUCUCCCAGAGACGGACCACUGUCCUGGUCCUGGCUGAGGAUCCCUGGGGUGCUGCAGCGUCUGGGCUUCACCUACUUUGUCCUGUCUCUCCUGCAGACUUUCUGGGGCCAUGAAGAAAUCCCACUGCGAGCGCAUCCCUGGUGGAACCCCGUCCAGGACGUGGUCCUGUACUGGCCACAGUGGCUGAUUAUCGUCCUGCUGGAGACUCUGUGGCUCUGCAUCACUCUGCUCCUGCCUGUACCCAACUGCCCCACAGGGUAUUUGGGAGCUGGUGGAAUUGGGGAUGACGGUCUUUACCCAAACUGCACUGGGGGCGCAGCAGGAUACAUUGACCGAUGGAUGUUUGGGGAUAACAUGUACAGAUACCCCACGUGCAAAGAAUUGUAUCGCUCCACGCAGCCCUUUGACCCAGAGGGGGUUCUGGGUACAAUAAACUCUGUUGUCAUAGGAUUCCUGGGGAUGCAAGCUGGGAAAAUUAUCAUUUUCUACCGGGGGAUAAACGUCCACAUCCUCUAUCGAUUCCUCGUGUGGGCCGUCAUCCUGGGAAUCUCUGCAGCCAUCCUUUCUAAGUGCACGCGAGAUGGAGGAUUUAUACCUGUCAAUAAAAACCUUUGGUCGUUGUCCUUUGUGUUGUGUAUGGGCAGUGUCUCCUUCCUGCUGCUGGGAGGCAUGUACUAUGUCACUGAUAUCAAAGGCUGGUGGGGCGGUCAGCCAUUCAUAUACCCAGGGAUGAACUCCAUCUUUGUAUAUGUUGGUCACACUCUCCUGGGGUUCUACUUCCCGUUCAGCUGGGAGAUGCGCUUCCAGGAGAGCCACUGGGAGCAGCUCUUCCAAAGCCUGUGGGGGACUGCAUUGUGGGUGCUCAUCGCUUACCUGCUGUACAGGAAGAAAUUCUUCCUCAAAAUAUAAACCAGGAUGCUCAUCUGUCAUAUUUUACAUUCUGUAGAUAACAUUAUUUUAUUGUUCAACUCUAACAAUCCCAAUUUAUUGUUAGGUAUGUGGAAUACAAUAACUUCUGUGGGAAAGGUGUCCGACUGUUUUUGGCUUGGUUUACUUUCCAGUAAUGUACAACCUACCCAUGUACAAUUGAGUUGUACUAAUGCUUACAUUUUUUUAUCAAACACUGGCUGCACGAAGGCAAAAAUGAUGAAAAUGUAUGAAUAUCUAUGAAAACCUAAAGAAGAUGUUUGUUCCACCGUCAGUGUGGGCAGCUGAGGAUUUAUUUGAUGCCACUUGUUUUGUGCACUGAAUACACUGAUUAAAUCAAAUAUACUGAGGUGGUACUUAACAAAUUAGGCCGAGUGAUUCCACUACACACCAGGCCAGCCAUUAUGAGUCUGUUGCCAUGGCCACUCCUUCCCCUUCUGUGCGUGUGCGGAUACCAUCUGCUGUCCGAGUGACAGUACUUUAAUAGGGGUCAAGAUGCACGGCUCACAAAGGAGUGUCAUUAAUGGGAACGACACCUCUUGCACUCAUUGUGUUAGAAAAUCUGGGAAAUUACAGAAAUCCAAUUCAUCAGAGAACACAACAAGCCGCCUUCAAGAGCGUGAGCACAUUUUAGAUAUUCAACACAUGCUCACCUACUGAAACGGGGCUUAUUUUUAGAACAUAACAUUUCCACGUGGUUGAGUAUUGAGUGAUUUAUUGAUAUUUUUGUUUACAUGACAGUAUUGAACAUGCUGUGUGACUUUAGCAUCAGGUGAUGUGUACAUCAUGAAAUGAACAUCUAGUUAAUGAAAUGACAGCAUCACGCUGCUCUUCCAGAGUGAAAUCAUAUUACACACUGCUCAGAUGGCGUAGUAACGGUGUAAUAUGCUGUAGUGAUUUUGGUAAUUAUCUUAUGAACAGUCUGGAUCCCUGUAGGUGCAUCCUGCCUUUUUGAACAGGACUCUAGUCCAUAAUUGCUUUCUCUAAACCACUGUGCAAGAAAUGGAAACGCAUCUCCUCGAGAUGAAAAUAAAAUCAAUAGUGACUUAC